AUGCCGGACGGAAUAAAGUUAGAAAUAUUAUGUGAACAGGAUAUUUUCGAAAGAGAUUUGAUUCUCGACGAGCUUAAACGCAUUUUACAGCUUGCAACCACAAAUGAUCAACAAUUUCGUUCGCGAGCUAGUGAUUUAAAUUCACAUCAAAGAAAGUUUAACAAAAUUCAAAGUAAAAUUGAGAAAACGCUCAUUAAACACAAGCUAUUUGAUAAAGACGAGCAUAUUAAAAUACGUAAUGACUUUAACGAUGUAUAUUAUGCCAUUAUUUCGUACGUAAAUAGUUUCAAAAAUGACGAUCUCAAUCGGCGUCGGUCACUUCAUCAGGACGAUAUUUGUCAUAAAAGAAAUUUACCCGUCUUGCCUUUACCCGAGUUUAACGGUGAUCCUACCGAUUGGCAAUCGUUUUUUGAUUUAUUUUGUUCAUUAGUACACGACAACAGAGCCUACACGGAGACGGAAAAAUUACGAUACCUACUACUUUCGGUUAAAAAUGAACCAUAUAAUUUGAUUAAAUCACUCCCUAUAACAGGAGAUAAUUAUAUUAUUGCGUUAAAAAUUUUAAAAUAUAGAUAUGAAAAUAGGCGAAUUAUUGCAUCGAAACAUUUAGAUCGUAUACUUGACCUUGAAACAUGUUCCGAGCGAUCAUAUCAUAGUGUACGUAAUUUAUUAAAUGUCUACCAAGAAAACAUCAGGGCGCUUGAAGUCAUGGAUUUUCCUAUAGACCAAUGGAGUUUUAUAUUACUUAACAUAUUACUGCGUAAAAUACCUAUAAGUUUAAGAAAAAAUUACGAACGUUCAUUGUCAAGACCGUCCGACAUACCAGAUGUUAAUACUUUAAUUGAAUUUCUAGAACGCGAAAUAUCAGCUGACGAAAUCGCUAUAGCUUCUUAUACGCAGUCCACUAAAAACUACCCACAACAUAUAAAUAAUCACCGUACGAAGAUUGGUGGGAAGUCAAACGCGAUACAUCGAAACUCAUUCAAUGCAAGUGUCGCUUCAAUCACAGAACAAACUGGACCUUAUGUCAAUAGUAAUAGAGAUCGAUCUUGCUUGAAGUGCUCCGGUCAGCAUUUAAUAUCUAAAUGUACAGAGUUUUUAAAUCUUUCUCCGCAGGAUAGGUACAAUUUUAUUAAAAACAAAAAUAUUUGUUACAAUUGUUUAAACGUCGGACACGAUGUUAAAAAUUGUAAAUCGAAAUUUGUGUGUCGUACGUGUCAAAAGAAACAUCAUAGCCUUAUUCAUUUAAUUUCACCGCAGUCUUUAGCAAUUGUAAACAAAACUGCCACGGCUAGCGCCGUUUCGCUUCCUCUUACGGAGGAUAAACAGGACGAUCGCGUACAUAAUAAUUACGCAACAAAAAUGCAUUCGUCGCAUUCCAUGGUUACGGUAUUAUUAUCUACGGCUUUAAUUGAUUUAUAUUUAGGAAAUAAUAAGAUUUCAUCCGUUCGGUGUAUAGUUGACAGUGGAAGUCAGGCUUCGUUUAUAAGUGAAGCAUGCGUACAGCGUCUUGGUUUGCCGCGCACUAACGUUCACAUACCAGUAUUAGGCAUAGGAGAUACGGAACCAUUGAUGCCCAGGGGUAUGGUUACGUGCGCGAUUACGCCUAAAAAUAAACAUCAUCCCGUUAUUCCGGUUGACGCAUUAAUCUUGCCUAAGUUAAUGUCAAAAAUGCCUAAUUUGUCUUUGCCUUAUACUAAGUGGCCUCACUUAAAGGGACUUACCUUGGCUGAUCCUCAUUUUCAUACACCCCAACCGGUUGAAAUGUUAUUAGGAGCGGAUAUACUAUCCCACAUUUUAUUAAAUAACACUAUUACGGGUCCACCGGGUACACCGAUCGCUAUGAAUAGUGUGUUCGGUUAUUUACUGUUAGGGAAACUUACUUUCAAUACAAACAUUUCGACUCCACUCCAAGUUUGUUAUAGCUCGUUUGACAACGACAACUUACAAAGAUUUUGGGAGCUGGAGUCAGUGCCAGAAAAGCGGAGUUACACUCCCGAUGAGGAAUUAUGCGAAUCCUUUUUUCGAAGAACGCAUAAUCGAGACCUCACAGGGCGAUACGUGGUCGCUCUGCCCUUCAAGGUCAACGCCCCGCCCCUCGGCGAAUCUAGACAAAUCGCAGUAGCACGUUUUCAUAAAUUGGAAUAUAGGUUAGAACGUAAUCCCCAGCUGAAGAUUGACUAUCACGCUUGCCUUCAGGAGUACAUUGACCUCAAUCAUAUGGAGCUCGUUGAUGAUAAGCCUUCAGUUGGUGCGAGUUACUAUAUCCCACACCAUUGUGUGAUUAAGCCCUCAAGCCAGACAACACGCACCCGAGUUGUUUUUGAUGCCGGCUGUCGUACGACCAGUGGGUACUCAUUAAAUGAUGUGCUGUUCUCGGGACCUAAACUUCACCUAGAUAUUGUAGACGUUCUUUUAAAAUUUCGUGUUUAUCGUGUUGCUUUCUGUUCAGAUAUAAAACAGAUGUUUCGUAAUAUAUUGUUACGUGAAAGUGAUAGAGAUUUUCAGCGUAUUCUCUGGCGUCGAUCACCAGAGGAACCUUUACGUGACUAUAGACUUCGUACAGUCACCUUCGGCGUCAAUUGUUCUCCCUAUCUCGCACUUCGUACCAUCCGACAAUUAGCUUGCGAUGAAGGCGAGCGUUUGAAAUUGGCUGCAGCUGUUUUACUAAAUAAUGUCUUCGUUGAUGACGUCAUUACGGGCGCCGACAGCGAAGCCCAGGCUCUUCUACUUCAGCAGGAGCUGAUUGCUAUUUGCGCAACGGCUGGGUUCGAGCUACGCAAAUGGCAUAGCAACUCGCAAGCGGUUCUCGCCGCAGUCCAGCCCUCAGAGUUUCAUGGUGAGCGGUGUGAGAGUGUUCUUUUUUCAGAGAUGGAGGGUGACAAAGGUGUGAAUGUCCUCGGAUUGCAGUGGAACCCCCGAGCAGACUCAUUUAGCUUCAAGGUUCAUGUUACUUCGCGCGAAUACACUAAGCGUGCUAUAUUAUCUGAAAUAGCAAAAAUAUACGACCCUCUCGGGUUAUUGUCGCCGAUAACAUUAUUUGCUAAGCAUUUAAUUCAGUUGAUGUGGUUAGCGAACAUUGGUUGGGACGAGCCCCCGCCUAUUGAUAUAUUAAAUUCAUGGACUUAUUUUACUAAAGAGCGACCGCUUUUAGCAUCGAUUUCUUUUCCCCGUUAUAUUUUUAAUACUGAUGACUUAGAAUCUAUUCAAAUACAUGGUUUUUCUGACGCGUCUCAAGUCGGUUACGCCGCAUGUGUUUAUAUACGCCAUGUAGGCAAGAGCGGUGAUUGUGAGACACAUUUAAUAAUGGCAAAAACUCGGGUCGCACCGUUGCGUGUAUGUCUUACUAUCCCUCGCCUUGAACUGAUGGCUGCGCUUUUGCUAUCAAAAUUAAUUGAAAAGGUAAACCACGUAUACGGAGACAAGAUCCGUUCCGGCCACAUUGUAGCUUGGUCCGACUCUUCGGUCGUAUUGGCAUGGCUUCGUUCUUCUCCGCAUGAAUGGAAGACUUUUGUUUCUAACCGCGUCAGUGAGAUCUUGACCCGCGUACCCGCAAGCUGCUGGCGUCACGUUCCGUCUGCUGACAAUCCCGCAGACGCGGCCUCUCGCGGUCUAUUGCCGGCAGCAUUAGUUAAGAGUGACUUGUGGUACCAUGGUCCCGUAUGGCUCCAACAAAGUUCCGACUCUUGGCCUAUACAAUAA